AUGCCUUACUCUUUAACCAAUUCUCAAGAACAUCUUUUAACUGCUCAUUUGAGUGAAACCGAUCCAGAAUUAAAUGCCAUGAUCAAAGAUGAAAUCAAUAGACAACAGCACUCCAUUGAUUUAAUUGCGUCUGAAAACUGUACUUCUACUUCAGUCUUUGAUGCUCUUGGAACUCCUUUAUCUAACAAGUAUUCUGAAGGUUAUCCAGGUGCUCGUUAUUACGGUGGUAAUGAACACAUUGAUCGUAUCGAAACUUUAUGUCAAGAAAGAGCUUUGAAGGCCUUCCAUGUUACUCCAGACAAAUGGGGGGUUAAUGUCCAAUGUUUAUCUGGUUCACCAGCCAACUUGGAAGUUUACCAAGCUAUUAUGAAGCCACAUGAUAGAUUGAUGGGUCUUUACUUGCCAGAUGGUGGUCACUUGUCUCACGGUUACGCCACUGAAAAUAGAAAGAUCUCUGCCGUCUCCACUUAUUUCGAAUCUUUCCCAUACAGAGUCGACCAAAAGACUGGUUUAAUCGAUUAUGAUACUUUGGAACAAAAUGCUAUUUUAUAUAGACCAAAAGUUUUAGUGGCAGGUACUUCCGCUUACUGUCGUUUGAUCGAUUACAAGAGAAUGAGAGAAAUUGCUGAUAAAUGUGGUGCUUAUUUGAUGGUCGAUAUGGCUCAUAUCUCCGGUUUAAUUGCUGCUGGUGUUAUCCCAUCUCCAUUCGAAUAUGCUGAUAUCGUCACUACCACAACUCACAAGUCUUUAAGAGGUCCAAGAGGCGCCAUGAUCUUCUUUAGACGUGGUGUUAGAGGUGUAAACAAGAAAACUGGUAAAGAAAUCUUAUAUGAUUUAGAAAAUCCUAUUAAUUUCUCUGUUUUCCCUGGUCAUCAAGGUGGUCCGCAUAAUCAUACUAUUGCUGCUUUAGCCACUGCUUUGAAACAAGCUGCUACUGAAGAAUUCAAACAAUAUCAAUUACAAGUCUUGAAAAACGCCAAGACUUUAGAACAAUCUUUCAAGAAAUUCGAUUAUAGAUUAGUCUCUGACGGUACUGAUUCUCAUAUGGUCCUAGUCUCCUUAAGAGAAAAGGGUGUUGAUGGUGCUCGUGUUGAAUACGUUUGUGAAAAGAUUAAUAUCGCCUUAAAUAAAAACUCUAUCCCAGGUGACCAUUCUGCUUUAGUUCCAGGUGGUGUUAGAAUCGGUGCUCCAGCUAUGACUACAAGAGGUAUGGAUGAAGCCGAUUUUACUAAGAUUGUUGAAUAUAUUGACAAAGUUGUUCAAUUUGCUCACAAGAUUCAAUCAAAUUUACCAGAAGAUGCUCAUAGAUUAAAGGAUUUCAAAGCUUCCGUUGACGAAAAUGGAGCUGAAUUAUCUGUCUGGAAGAAUGAAAUUAAUGAAUGGGCUGGUAACUAUCCAUUACCAAAAUAA